AUGGCAGCCUUGUCUAGGGCCAAUAAAGAAGAUGAUAAAACAAAAAAGUGCUCGCGCUCACGGAGUAUUGUGGUAGAGCUUGGAGAGAUUGUCGCCAAAGCAUACCCUGAAUUGGAUGAGGGAACCUUGUCGACGGUUAGAGCGCAGCAGCUGUACGAACAAGUAGUUCAUUGGCCGGAAUCGUACUACUUCAUGGAGGCGAUGGAGAAGGAUGGGUACAGUGCGUAUGCAAACCUGAAGCAAGCAGCAAUGCGCGUGGAGAGAAGAAGGAUGACUUUGGAAAAUGCUAGGUCGCACGAAAGAGGCGAAUCGCUUCGAAGGGGCUCGAGGCGAAAAUAUCAUGGGAGCCCCCCAAGAAAGAACAAAACCACAGGAGAGAUGACAACAACAAGGACAGCAUUAACCGAGAAGAGGUAUCCCGCUCGAGAUAAAGGUGGCAGAGCCAACAGACACGAGGAGUGCGCUGGCACUAAUGUGGUAUCGGAAGAAGCCAAGGGCGACGGUACCCAAAAGAGAGGAACGUCAACAAAGGUACCAGCGUUUGGACAGAAGUUCGCCACCAGUGUAACGAUUUUCGGUAGUGUUUGGACGCGCAUACUUGACACAGGCUCCGAAAUCUCGAUAAGUGGUCAGCGGAUCGAGAGGGAAGGCCAUAGGCUGCGAGAGCAUCCAGUGGACAAGGACAAGAGCAUUUUCGAUGCGUCAGGAAACGCGAAUGAAAUUUGUGAAGGUGGUCGAAGUGCCGCUGCAGGAGGGCAACAACAGGGAAAUAACGCUGCAGAUGCACGUGUGUCCACAGAAUGGGACUAUGCUAGUGCUGGUUACAAAUGCUUGAAAGCUCUGAAUUAUGUGUUAAUUCAACAUACGGACGACUAUCCAGACAAGAGAAAGAUGCCAAAGGAAGGCAACCAUUGCAGCCCCUAUGAAGACGAAAACACAAAAUAA